AUGUUUCCUCCAACUUGUCCAGUCCUAACAGAGAACACUACCCAUAGAAAGAGAGAGAGGAGGGAAAAAAAAAAAAAAAAAAAGGAAGAGAGAGUGAGAAGCAAAGAGAUGACAACCACCAUGAAUCACAGCAAGGUUGAUCAAGAUCACAUGGCUCUCAUCUCUCAAUUGUACCCUGGAGUAUACACCCAAAUGGUUCCCCAACAAGGCGAGACAAAGCCACGACGCAGGCGAAGGAAGAACAGAGGAGGAGAAAACGGAGUUCCUGGUCACAAGAAGAGGAAGCUCAGUGCUCAUCAGGUUAAUCUUCUUGAGGUGAAUUUUGGUAAUGAACAUAAGCUGGAAUCUGAGAGGAAAGACAAGCUUGCUUCAGAGCUUGGACUUGAUCCCCGUCAAGUUGCUGUUUGGUUUCAGAACCGAAGGGCUCGUUGGAAGAACAAGAAGCUUGAAGAGGAGUACACUAAGUUGAAGACAGCCCAUGAGAGUAUUGUUGUUGAGAAAUGCCACCUUGAAUCUGAGGUUUUGAAGCUCAAAGAGAAACUUUUAGAAGCAGAGAAAGAGAUUCAACGAUUAACAGAACGUGUUGAUGGAGUUUCAAGUAAUAGCUGUAGUUCCCUGUCUAUGAAAGCCAUGAACACACCAUUUCUUGGAGAAUUUGGAAUAGAAGGAUAUGGGGAUAUUUUUUACAUGCCAGAAAUUAAUUAUAUUCAUGGCAUGGAAUGGGUUAAUUUAUAUAUGUAAUAAAAUAGCUUAAUUUAAGCAUAUGUAGAUAGUAAUUAAGUAAUAAUUUAAUGUAAAUCUUCUCUUUAUCUAGCCAGUACUUUAAUAAUUAUUGAGGUGUUUUCAUUUUUUUUAUGAAAUAUUUAAUAUCU